AUGACAAUGCUUUCGUAUUCCUUGAAGGUCAAGACCGCGCUUCCGUGGACGCGGUUAUGCUACUCUGGCCGCCGAUGUAUGGCACAUGUCGCCAACAUCGCAGCCGACGACAUACCGACUGGCGAUGACCAACCGUUCAAAGUUUCCAUUGCCGAAGAUAGCUAUGAAACCUAUAACCUGGAGCCACCACCAUACACUCUCGAGACAACGAAGCGACAACUCAAGCAACUAUACCAUGACAUGUUCACAAUCAGACGCAUGGAGCUCGCAGCUGACAGAUUCUACAAGGAGGGCAAGAUCCGUGGCUUCUGCCAUCUAUCCAUAGGCCAGGAAGCAGUCACCGUAGGGAUCGAACAUGGAAUCUCGAGAGAGGACAAGCUCAUCACCGCCUACCGCUCCCACGGAACCACCCUGAUGCGUGGCGCCACCGUGAAGUCGAUUCUGGGGGAGCUGCUAGGCCGCCAAGAGGGCAUCUCCCACGGCCGCGGUGGCUCCAUCCAUAUGUUCCGGGAGAACUUCUUUGGCGGGAAUGGCAUUGUGGGAGCACAUGUUCCGGUUGGCGCGGGGAUCGCUUUUGCCCAGCAGUAUCACGGCAAUCGAGACACUGUGACCGUGGACAUCUUCGGCGAUGGCGCAGCAAACCAGGGCCAAGUUCAUGAGGCCUUUAACAUGGCGAAGCUGUGGAAUCUGCCUAUCAUCUUCUGCUGCGAGAACAAUAAGUAUGGCAUGGGCACCUCCGUGGAGAGGUCAUCUGCCAUGACCGAGUACUAUAAGCGGGGUCAGUAUCUCCCCGGUCUGCGCAUCAACGGGAUGGACGUCCUGGCCGUUCUCGCGGCGAUGCGCUACGGCAAAGAAUUCGUGCAAGCGGGUAACGGACCGUUGCUGUACGAAUACCAGACGUACAGGUUUGCCGGCCACUCCGUGUCUGAUCCAGGUACGACAUACCGAUCCCGAGAAGAGAUACAGGCCGAGCGCCGCCACGACCCCCUCUCCGUUCUCCAGGAGCAGCUGGCGGAAUGGGGCGUGCUGUCGAAAGAGGAAGUCAAGGCGAUCGAGAAGGAUGUGCGCAGCAAAGUUGACCGCGAGGCGGAGGAGGCCAAUCAUAUGCCAGUCCCCGAGCCAAGGUUGGAUGUGCUGUUCCGAGAUAUCUAUGUCCCUGGUAGCGAACCCCUGCAGCGGCGGGGCAGGACCAUCGAUGAGACGUACUACUAG